AUGAAUAUUGAGGAAAUCAAGGAGACUGACGUUCAAGAGGACCAAGAGAGGGAAGAACUUCUUUAUGAAUUCAAGGUUCUAGACCAAUCAUUGUUCAAGAAUAUCCACCAGAAGGAGACAGUUAAGUUGAUUACCAAGUGGGGAUUGGACAAGGACAUGGAACUAGUCAGAUUCAGGUUCAACCAGAGCUUCACUCUAUUCAAUACAGACAAGUUCUUGGCAGCACUUCUUAGCAGUCCAGAGGUUAGAGCCUCUCUUCCUGGGUUAUCUGCGAAUAUUCCAGAAUCAGUAGAAUCCGUAGAGUUUAACAAACUUUCUACAGAGGUUGUCAAUAUGGGCUUCUUUGAUAUUUUAGAUGAAAAGGAUAUUACCACAACAACUGGGUAUAUUAAGAAAGAACCCGAUGAGUACCUUGAGGGUAUGGUAAUGGGAGACAGGCUUAGAUAUGCACUAGCCUUUGAGGAAAGCGAGUUUUAUGAGAUAUUUGAUGACCAAACUAGGAAGGAACUCAUUUUUAGAAUCAUGCAGCAUUUGGUACUUGGAGGCUCAAUCUGACAGUUUGAAGAUAAUGUCAAAGAGUAUCUUGAUCAGACUCAGAACUUUUAUAAAGAUCUUGUCUCGGUAUUUAAGGAUUCAGAGACAGAUGAGAUCAAAGUUGGCUCUCAUGCAUUUGAAAUUAAGAAAAUAAACGAUACCGAGUUAUUUGGAGAUUCAGAUCAUCCACAGAACUGGGCAUACGUGAUAGUAGAUCCAAUCCAUUGGCAUGUUAAUGUAUGGUACCAUAAAUGGUCCUCUUGGUGGUAA